AAUGCUCAUCUUAUCGAUACAACAUAGGAUAUUAGAUUAGGAUGAGUUUAGGCUUCUUUGGCGUGGAAUUGCCUACUUUGGAAGAGAAUUGAUAGUUGAUACACUUGUAUCAAAGCUCAAGGGUAAGCAUCGAUAUGGGCUUGAUACAGGCAGUUUGGGCUUGGCAAAGCAACAGAGUCCACAUUUUCUUUAGCCCAGAACGCCCAAACACAGUUUGGACAAGGCUUCACAACUGGAUUUACUGUUAUCUUUUCAUCAUCAGAGCGCGAAAAAUUUCCCACUUCUUUCCUUCCACCAAACAGAAAAACCAAAAGAAAUUCCCUCCACAGCAUGUUGGAUGAACGACGGAGUUGCUCCUCGAUCGCGCUUGGACUAUUCACGGCGGAUUCGCCAUCAUCGUUUCGACGCUUCUCCUUCCACACUAAAUCUGAGUCUCCGGUUCGUCCUUGUUGCUGUCUUGCUGAUUUGAGCAUUCUUCGGUUUUGCGUUCGCAGUCUUGCACGAUCUCCUACAGGAAGCUUUGAACAAGUAGUCUAAACCGUAUACGUUUGGUAUGCUUUUUCCAGAUACAUGGCGUUUCUGAUUGGGUUCAGUUGGUGCAUUUGCUUCUGUGGUAUUUGGCAUUUGCGUAGAUAGACAUGAUGCUUAGGGUUUCGAUUUGCUAGUGAUAUUGUUCGAAAUUGUGUAGCCUGAGACAGCACAUUGUUGGCAAGAAGGAAUGUGUCAAUACAAUGGUAGGUUCUGAAUUUCGAGUAGUUUCUUAGUGACUUAGUGUUUCGUUAUAGGCAGCUGAAUGAUGCUUUCAUUCAGGCUCUCAUGGUGGAUAUCCAGCCAUGGAGUUCCUUGAAGGAGCCUGGCAAGUUAGUGUUAAGUGAAUAUUUCAGAAGUGUGAUGAGAUCGCAGCUGAUUUAUUGAUAUGCUGGUUGCGUUCCUUUGGUUGACUGGUGGAACCUCACGAUUUCCAGAAAUGUGAAUUUAAGUAGCGGAGGAUGAUUUGUGCACCAAUUUUUUGAGUGGGUUCAAUGCCUUAUGAAGAUGGAUGGCAUUGUAGAUGAAGUAGAUUAUGGAACCAGUGGAGACUUUCAAACACCAGAGUGGGAGCGUAAAUAAUCUUGUAUUCCUCGGAUGAAGUUGAUGGUGCUGAAAGUAAAGCACUGCAGGGUGCAUCCUUUGUUUGAGCUCAGGUAGCAUGCCCCUUAUCCCGAGAGAGAGAGAGAGAGAGAGAGAGAGAGAGCAACCAUUGAAGAUGCCUCAUGUCCUAGUGAUUAUUAUAAUGGAUAGAUAUCGGCACGGAGAUGGGUGAUACCCUGAGCUGGUAAUUGACCUUGCUUGCUGAUUUCAAAGCAACAAGUUACUGAAUGAAGCUAAAGUGGUGCUGUUGGUUUGUGGAAGCCCUCAUUAACAGGUGAUUGGAAGCGUAGAUGACGGAACAAGCUUCUAUAUGGCUCUCUGCAACAAGAAUUGUAUCAGUAUCUACUGGUAAAGUUGUAUGAAGGUUGCACGGAUAGAAAGCUGUGCUAGUAAGAAACGAUUACUUGACUCAUGCCUUAACAGCAGAAAAUGAUAAAGGUCUGUUUACAUCAUCCGUCCUCCCUUCUACCUUCUUUUAGAUCUCCAUUUUAUUUAUCUAAUCACAAGUUGUGUGUUUGCGUGACUGACUGAACUGGUACUCUGUUGGGGUUGUUGUGCGCAGGCGUGGCAUAUUGGCGUGGUUGGAACCUGGAACAGGAUGUGAGCAGCCGAGAUACCCAGAUAAACAAAGGAAGCAGCUUGCUUGGGAAUAAUUAGAUUUAAACAGGUGGGCAAUCCAAUCAAUUGGAAGGAUCGGAUUCAAGACAUUGAUUCUCCAAAAUCAAUUGGUAUGCUUAUGAUAUCAAAAUUCUGAGAUAGCGUAUUAGUUAGGCCUAUGGUUGUGGUCAAGUUAUUCCCAGCUUUGGCAUUCUCUAGGGGAAAUGAUUAUCAUAUCAAGUCUAAUCCACAUCGUUAGUUAUUCUUCUUAUGAACACUACUAUAUGAGUAAGUUAAUCCCAUGUGGCAAACUGGUUAGUCGGGUCGUUGAGGGUUCGGUCAGAUAAAUGGUCAAUUCAUUUUUAUGAUUAUUUACGGGUUCUGAGAACUUACCGAAUGGGUUAGCCAUUUGAGACUAGAAGUUGACAAACAGAUCGGUUAUCGGUUAGAUUUAAGUGAUCGUUCACUCAUUGUGAGUUCGGUCCAACUGGUUUGAGUCAUAUCAGGUUGUGGUCAAUAUGAGUCAGUAAUGGCUUUUGACCGGUUGGGUUGGGUCAAAAUGCAGCCACGUCGUUUUCACUUUGGUAUUCCUGUGGCAGGUGAUGCCGAUGCCAUCAGUUUACUUUGCGCCUGAGGGGUUUCUUGGGUUUUGGCUGACUUACAUCUAGCCGGCAACUUUGCGUCUUACUCCACACUGACAGCUACGGGAUACAAAUACUUGUAUUCGUAGGUACAAGGCCAGCAUACGAAGAAAGUAAGACAGGUACACGCUCUGUUAUCUAUUCUUCUCUUACUUGUCACCCAAAAAAGAAAAAAUAUUUGGAAAAUCCUGAGAUUUGGCAUUUGGAUGGUUUAUAUUAUGGAUAUCGUUACUCUGGGAAUUCUAAUUCUAGAUUUUUAAUUGAUUAUCAUGCUUGCCGGCUGGGAAAUAAUUGGAGGGUAAAACAUUUGAAUAGAUCAUACAAUCUGAGAUGGACACUUACCGUGGAUUGUUCAGUUCAAAUAUAUUAAUUACUAUAUCUAUAGGUAAUGUCAGGAACUAAAACUCGAAUUAAACUUCUAUAAUUGGUUUCUUAGACGUGUAUGAUAGCACCUUUUUAUUUUAAAGACUAGGGGUGUAGAUAUCGGUCAUUAGAAUACGCAUUGGACCAUCCCAAAGAAGUAGAAAUAAUUGAAGGGAGUUAGAGGUCACACGACUUCUAUGCCUCGACAUGCUCACAAGAGUAGCUAGGAGGUUCACUGCUAGAAGACGUCGCUAAUGCCGUGAAAGGCAAAUUCCCCAUACCCCAUAGGUGAAGAUUAGUUUGUUUGCUAGGGAGAAAGACUGUACUUUCUUUUGUAGUUUUACGUAAGAAACAUUAGACUAUUUUAUCGAACUUGUCUUAAGAAAGAUCUCAAAGGGGUUAAUCUAUGAACUAACCAUAUUGAAAUCGCACAAAUCUCUGUUGAAUAAUAUAUAUAGAUAGGUCUCCUGAAGUGGCACGUAAAAUUGUCAGGAAGGAAGGAUAUACCGAUGCAUAGAAAUAAUAGAGAAGCAAUUAAGGAGAUUCAUAGACAAACUCGGGAAAUGAAAGCGAGCACUGUCCCCAACAGAAGGCAAUGGGACCAAAUUGGCUUUUCUUUUGGCGAGAAGAGAAGGAAAUAAAACAUCCUACCCACCAACGAAACCAUUAGAAUAAUGGAGCAGCUAGGCUGUCCAAUACAUUGAACAACGCAGAAAAUGGAGGAGCAGGGAACUCAAGAUAGAUAGAUAAUCUUAAACAAAAUAUAUCGUGAGCAUCCAUUUUGAAUAGUAGUCGGAAAUCGAAUCUUACUAGGCAAUAACCACUAAUUGGCUCUGAAGAGACCUCCACCACUUGGCAUGUAUUGUGUAGUUUAAUUCCCUAAAUCUGUGUUAUUCAUUGAUAGAAGUGACUCUCAUUUGUUUGUGUGCCUUUCCCUUCAUUUCCUCUAUUAAAAUUUCAAGAGAGACAGAGAGGUUCGAAUAGAAAAGUUCAUUGUUUAUCACUAUGGUUCUGUUUAGGGGCUUUUAACUUAUUGAACCACACAAUCUGGAGAAAGAUGAAGAUAUAAUUAUGUUUUCUAUGUUGUUGUAAAGUUGCACACUCUUCAUCAACAAGUAAAAAACAUAUAUAAUAUAGGAGUGAGUUCUCUCAUUUCGAUACGGUUGGUUGACUUUGUUGCAUUGUGUUCAUUUGGUGGAUCUGGAACAUGAAGUCUCCAUCAUUUUAUUCAGUUUGAUCUUUGAUCGAAAUUAUACGGAAACAUGUGGGAGAGUUGGAUUUCUUCUCAUUGCCAACCCUAAGACGGGUGGAAGGGGGUUGGUUAUGUAACAUUAACCAUUUGGUGAUGUCUUUGUUUGGAGGGUAGCCUUGGCUGUUAUGGAUGCCGAGGUUUGAAAUUCUGCAUGAUAGGUAAGGUAAUGCCAAUUAGUAAUAUUGAUUUUUCUUCGUUAUCAUUGGUUGCUUUCUAACUCCCAAACCCUUUCUACCAAAAAGAAACAACAAACAUGUGCAUUUGGUUCUCUCUAUUUGGUAGAGUUAGCGAGUGCAGUCUAACACUAAAAUAGCAAUGGGUCUAGAGCCAGUGGCACAUCUCCUCUUUUAAAAUAUAAAUAAUAAUUAUAAAUGAUAUGAAUCGUAAAAUAAGAAAAUGACCGAUUAGAACAAGAUACAACAAAAUAAUACAACAUAUUUCUAACUUUUACAAUGUUGUAAAAUGCACUUAAUAUACCAUAUUAGACAGUCGUUCAUGAAUUGAUUGCCUAUUUAAUUGAAGAUCAAGAGGGACUCGAUUAUCUUGAUGUUUUGUUUCUUGAAUGAUAGACGGGUUUGCGUUGGGAGGAAUUUAGUUUUUAGAGUUCGUAUGAAAAAUUGGGAGAAAUGAGAUUUAAUUAUAUUUUGUCUAGUUUAUAAAUAAUUUCAAUCUCUUAAGCACAAGAAAAAAUUGCUUCUACUUUACUAGAUGACAUGUUUUUCCAUAAUUGCAGGAUCAUGGGUUCAUAUCAGUAAAACUAUCGCCUAUUUUUUCCGAACUUGAAACUACUUCCCAUAUGUCGAUAAAAUUUUCCUGUUGGUCCUCUCCUAUAUAGACCUUUGCACUAGGAUUACAGAACAAAGCUCUCAAACUAAAGAAACACUUUAUUAUCCCCACCGGAAUUUUUAGAAGUUAUAAGUAUUAUCUCAUUCUUUUUAUCAUAAUUUUCACUCGUACAUUUUAGCUCCACAAUUUUAUUUUUAAGCUGAAUUAUACUUCGAAUCCGCAAUACUCUUGAAAAUGUUUAGUCAAACAAAUUACAAAGAUCAUUGGGCCAAAAGCAACAAAAACAUUGACAUAUUUGCGUGAUUAGUGUAAAUACUGAAAGUAUAUACAAAGGUGUAGCAGUAAUUUUCUUUUUGCUCGUCAAAUAAUACUCCCUUUGGCCAUAUACAGUUCCUGUUAUACAUAAUUCAGUACAACAUAGCAACUAGUAGGCGGUCAAAACAAUUAUAGAAAAGAAGAUAGUGCCAUUAUUUUGUUCGUGCUUGACAUUAGGUAGUGACACCUUCUUUUGAUGUGUUCCUCUUGUGUCGAUAGAAAUCACAACAGGCAUAAAUUAUGCUUAAAAUGUUGGCAAAGCAUACUCCAACAUCGGGAUUUUUGGAGGGGGAAUUGGGAACUCAGAACUUGAAAGCAAAAGGUGGUUUUGAUUUUUCUGCAGUGAUAAUUACAAUUGCAAGCUCAACAGUUAAGGAACGCGUAUUUGUUAUGCGGCUAAUUGCAUUGGGUGUGAGAGAGAAAUUCUCUUCUUCUUGUUGUUUCCAUCAUCACGUCCCUAAUGUUGGGUUACAUUGAACACCAAUUUUGCAUAAGCAUCAUCAUAAUAAUAUAUACUUAAUAGUAAAUAAGUAAAUUCUUAUUUUCGUAAUUCCAGAUGUGCACGCAUAGGAAUUGUCUUCAUACCUACGUUUGUUUGCAUUUGAUGUGUUUUGUCCCAAUAUUUGGGUGGUUGUAAUCACCGCUUAUUCUCCUUACAAAUGGCGCCCUGUUGUUUCUUUUGACAAGAAGGCUUGCAUUUAGUUUUUAACUUUUUCUUUAAUUAUGAUGAUGAUUAAGGCUCCGAUGCAUUGCUUGUUCUUUUCACUAUGGACUGUUUCUGACCAGGCCGUCAUUCUUCCUUGGCUUCUUCCAUCAGAUAGAUGUCUUCAUAACCACUACAUCAAACUUAGACGCACAAAAGAACAUCCACCUCACGGUUUGAAGUUCACCAGGUUAGAAACUGUCAAAGGGGAAUCUUUGCAUAUCUGCUUCUUGAAUCUCCCGUCUAUUGUCUUAUAGUAUUGUGAUGCAAGCUGUUGUGUCAAGAUAGUAAAACACAUACUAGAAUACUGGUUUUACUGUGGUAAAAUGGUAAAUUAGAAUAGUGACGUUUAGGUAUUGAAAUGAAUUUUUGCAUAUGCCGUAUAUACAGUCCAAUUCCAUGCUUUUCUAAACGCUUGUUUAAGUAGAGGUACAGUAAAAGUAACGUGGCAAACGUGCAGCUUAAAGACAGUAGGUACAUAACCGUGUCCUUCCUUCUUUCCAGAGUUUUUUGACCGAAAGCUUUGGGGGUGUGUUUUCAGUUUUGUUUUGGCCUCGAGGGAAGGCCUCUUUUGGUGUACGCACACGUUUUGUAGAGAGUCAGUUUUGUAGGGAAGAGAACUCCUUAAAUUUUAAUCUAAUCUCCCUAUGGGGAAAAAAUAAUAAUAAUAAUAAAGGAAAUGAAGAGGGAGAGAGAAAUGAAAUGAGAUACCAAAUGUGGUGGUGUCAAUGUCAUAGUCAAGGAUGGGAAGGAGUUUUGGAGUCAGUCGGAAGGAGUAUAUAGUUAUCUGAAUUGGAAACAACUAUUUCUUGGAAUUUCUUCUUCACCCCCACCCCCUUCUAUCUAUCUAUCUAUAUAUAAACAACCUCUUACUCUUCCACCAUUUGUCUUGCCUUGCCUUGCCUUGCCCCUCCAUUACUAUCCCCCACCACCAAGGCCACAGCUCCACUUUCUCUCGCUCUCUCUCCGAGUUUCCUAGUUUAUCCACCCCUUAGAAAGUAGAACCCUUUAUUACUCUGUGAGACUCGACUAUCAACUUAGUCUCCAAGUUGUCUGUAGGAAGUAGUACUAAGUGAGGGAAGAGAGAAGAUUAGGCAGAGGAAAGAAGAAGGGGAAAUGGAGAAAGGAAGCCCAGUUGCUGUGAAUGGAGGAGUCAAACUGCCUAUUGGGUACAGAUUCCGUCCUACAGACGAAGAGCUCAUCGUCCACUACCUUAGACGCAAGGUCUUUGGUCUCCCAUUGCCUGCUUCAGUCAUCCCCGACCUCGACGUUUUCCACUCUCAUCCUUGCACCCUCCCAGGCAACUCGAGGGAGAAGAGGUAUUUCUUCUGCAAGAGAGAGGCAAGUGGCGGUGAUGAUAAUGUUGAGAAGAAUGGUGUUGUUGACAGUUCAUAUGGCAGAGGUUACUGGAAGCAUACUGGGAAAGACAGACAUGUGAUUCUGUCUGCCCCUUCUCCUUCUUUCAACUGCCAGUUGGUUGGGAUGAGGAGAAGUCUGGUUUUCCGCAGACACAAGAAGGCUUCUGCUAAUCAAAACAAUCAGUGGGUCGUGCACGAAUUUUCCCUUCUUGGCUUGGCCACAAUCCCCUUCACAAAUCAGGUGACAAAGGUGAAGUUGGGAGACUGGGUCUUGUGCACUGUGUUUGAGAGGAAGAAGAAGACAAGGCCUUCUACUACUACUACCACUAACAAGAGCCAAAACCUUCAAGGGGUCAACACCUCAAAUAGUUCCCCAAUCCCAAAUCAGCCGGAAGUUGAGGAGACGAUCACAGGCCCUAAUGACAGUAAUGCCUCCAUGGAUUUUAGAAUGGAAGAGUUGUCUGAUGCAGGGCCUAUUGAUCUACAAGAAGAGGACGAAGAAGAAGGGCCUUGUUCAUCGUCUUCACUAUGUUCAAGUGGAAUCACUGAGCUUUCUUCUCCUACCAAGUCACCAAAUGGUGGUUUAGAUCACCAGGAAGAAGCUCACACUCCAGUCAAUGUUGGCUUAUGUUCUUCUACUACUACUAGCAGUAGUUAUUCUUGUAAGAGAUUUUAGUAGGCGGGGGUGGAAAAAGAGGGUAAAAACCGGAGUGAAAGGAAACAAAAGCACAUGCCUAGCUAUUACUAGCUUCUUCCUAAUUUGAGGAGCAACCAAGCCCAAUGAAAAGUAAAAUUACUUACCAACCAAGCCUUUGUCAUCUCUGAUUAUUAGCUGUUUGUCGAGUUAAUUAUGACCAAAAGAUGGUAAUGAGAAUCGAGAGAAAGAGAGGGAAAGUGGGGGAAGUGUUAGAUUUGUUGUUUCAUGUUUAAGGAGCCUAUCUAUUGUAAUUGAUAAUUGUACCAAGAUUUCAAACAAACAAAUUCAUUGCAUUCUUGAAUCAUGCCUGGUUUCUCUUCCUUUCACCUACUUUACCCCCAAGUUGUUAUGAUUUUUACCACAAAUCUUAACCAUCAUGGUGAUGGGGAAAAGGAAAAGGAAAAGGAGGUGCAAAUGGGAAUAAAUAAUGUCGUCGUCUUAUGAAGUUUUGGUGGCUAAUCCACCAUUUCACACCGGGGGUGUCCAAGAGAUUUGAUGGCUUGUGGCCGGAAUUCAUUGUUUGGUUUACAAAAUGGGAAAUGAUACGAGAUGGAUUUGUGGAUAUUUAGGAUUUUGAAAUGAUGUGGAAUUCAUAGAGAAUAAAGAUUGAAAUUUCUAGACUUAUGAGAACACCAAUCACAUUACUUAUUGAUAACGAAAAGUUUAUGAAAACGAUUACUAUGCAUCUCAUAAUACAUUAAUUUUUUAUUGUGAGUAUGCAGUUCCUGCAUCUUUUUUCUUUGAUAAAGUUGAUAAUUUUAUUGUAAAGGCGCUAGGAGAUACAAUAUAGGAGUAUACACCAAAAUAAUACAUAAUAAAAGUUUACAGAACAAGUUGCCAAUUCAACCUAACAAACAACUCAAUCUCUAUAAAAAAAGUAAGAAAAUAUCUAAAAAAAAAUUAUCGAAACAGAAACUGACAAACACAAAUAUCGAACUCAAAAAAUGCAAUCCUUAUUAUAUUUUAACCACCGACAAACAUUUAACUCAUUAACGACAUCCACACUUUUCAUCUCUCCGUGAGAAAUAAGAAUGAAUAAAUCAUAUAUUGUGAAUGUUUCUUACCUACACAAUCUUAUUAAGUUGAUAUUAAAAUUAGGCCUUUAAUUAUUAUUAAGAAGCACAAAGCAAACCUAAAACCAUCUUUGAAAAAAACAUCUUUCAAAAGGCAAAUUGCAUUUCUUGAUCUUAGGGGUGAUGAAUGAUUACUUUGGAAACAGCCAGAUUACAUUGCACACAUGUGUUUGAGAGCAAAAACCUAUAUGAUGAUACAAAAUACAAAUACACGUUGUACAAAAGAAAGAAAAAGGAGGCAAGAAGCAUCCAAAGAUUAGAACCAAAAAGGCAAACAAAAAUGAGCUUCUUCUUCUUUGUAUAUAGACUACAGGAUCAAACGAACGAUUCCUUAUUAUGGCCAUUGGUGGUGGGGAAAUGGGGGCAUCAGCACAUGCUAGCUAGUUGAUUCCGUUGUUCAUAUACAUACUUUUAAUUGAAUGAUAUAUUCCCCAAUUAUCAUUACCAUUAUUGAUUAUUAUUACAUUCAUAUUCUGAAUGAAUACUUAUUAUUAUU